CUUCAGCUCCAACAACACUGAGCGAGAGAGAGAGAGAUGUGGCUCCACUGUGUGCUGCUUUUGAUCGCCCUGAGCCGCUCUGCAGGAGAACCUCCUGAUCCACCAUCGAUCCGUCUAAAUUCUGACUUCCUUCCAAGUAAAUCUGAUCGAGUUCUUACUGCUGGCACCGAUUUCAGCCUCAGUUGCCAUGGUAACGGGUCAGUUCACUGGACCAGCACUGCAUUUCCACUGGUGUAUCGGGGCAACCUACCAGACCCUGUGGAGGUCAAACGUGCUACACCCAGGCACACUGGAACAUACACCUGCAGAUACACCAACGAGAGCCUGGCGCACCUGAACAGCUGGAUCCACCUGUAUGUCACAGACCCAGCAGAUCUCUCCAAAGUGUUUGAAACCCCUCAUGGCAUCCCCAAUCUCAAGGAGGGUGAGGACUUCCUGUUCAAGUGUCUACUGACUGACCCCUUGGUAACAAAUCUCACCCUUCAAUCAGAGGACGGGAGAAACCUGCCAAUCGCCAUGAACGUGACCUUUGAUCCUCGAAGAGGAGCCCUAAUCCGAGACCUGAAGGCUUUGUUCAAUGGCCGCUACGUGUGUUCAGGCUGGAAGGAUGGCAGACAGUUCAAAUCCAGGCCCGUGAACCUGCUGGUGCUCCCUGUGUUGCGCCACCCCCCCUCCCUGUCUGUUAGUCAGGAUGAAUUUGUCCGUCUGGUAGGAGAGCGUUUUGAGGUUACCUGUCUCUGCAGUAACCCCACCCACUUCUAUAGCGUUACCUGGACAGACCCAAGAAAGCAGAAACUCGAAGCCACUUUAAGUCGUUACUAUGGUAACAGGCGGCUGUACAUCAACAGCACUCUGAGCAUCUCUGAGGUCACCCAAACGGACAAUGGACAGUACAUGUGUACGGCAAUUAACGAGGCCGGGGUCGCCACAGCAACCAUCCAGCUCAAGGUGCUAGAACGCCCUUACCUGAGAAUCUACCUUCAGACAAGUGAGCACAUACAGGUCAGAGGACACCUGUCUGCAGCAGAUGAAAUACAGGUUAACAUUAGUGGUGGGUCACUGGAACCCAUCACUAAUGUUAGUGCUUACAGAGCUAGAAGCGCUAAAGUUAACGGCAGCAGCAGGGUGGAGGUUUACGAAGGUCGUGAUGUGGCCCUCACCUUCCUGCUGAAGGCCUAUCCUCCAAUCACAAGCCAGCGCUGGACCACACCCACACACCUCAUAAACAAUGACAGUACGGUGUACCAGGAGAGCUACGCUGCUAACAGCUACAGCUCGGAAGCCACCCUGCUGCUGCACCGCAUGCGUCCGGAGGAUCGGGGGCAAUACUUGUUUCAUUUCUCUAACUCCUUCUUCAGUGGCUCACACACCAUCGACCUCAAGGUCUUCCGUUUUCCGACUACUGAUGUCACUUUGGAGAACAGUACUCUGACAUGCAACAGCUCAGGAUAUCCACUACCCACAAUUCUCUGGUUCACCUGUCCUGGCAUCCAGCCCUCGUGUGCACACAUUGCUACCAAUGAGGUUUCUCAGGCCAGUGUGACCUCACAGGACGGUGAGGAGGUGAGGUCCCACUUCCUCCUGUCAGCUGAUGAUGAUGUCACUGUGGAGUGUGUUGCCUCCAACCUCAUGGGAGAGUCUCUGCGGGUCUUCCAUCAUCGGAAUCCAAUCAUCUUCACUCCGCCUCUGAUUGGAGUUCUGAGUGCCACCGCUGUCCUCUUCCUGCUCCUAUUGGUCGUCUUCUACAAGUGCAGACAGAAACCCAAGUAUGAGAUCCGCUGGAAGAUCAUCGAAAGCACUGAUGGAAACAACUACACCUUUGUUGACCCCACCCAGCUGCCAUACAAUCAGGAGUGGGAGUUUCCCCGAGACAAACUCCGCCUCGGUCCCAUCCUGGGCUCUGGGGCUUUCGGGAAGGUUGUUGAGGCCACGGCGUAUGGUUUGGAAACUGACAACAAGAUCACCAGAGUCGCUGUCAAGAUGCUUAAACCAAGCGCUCACUCGGAGGAACGGGAGGCUUUGAUGUCUGAGCUCAAGAUUCUCAGCCAUCUCGGCUACCAUGACAACAUCGUUAACCUGCUGGGAGCCUGUACUCAUGGGGGGCCUAUGCUGAUGAUCACAGAGUACUGUAGCCAUGGCGACCUGCUCAACUUUCUGCGGGGUCGUGCUCAGGACAUCAUGGCAUCCAUGGUGACUGUGGAUGAAGUACAGGAAGAGGCUUUCUAUAAGAACAUGGCGGCCCAGCACGCCAGGCUCCGCAGUGACAGCGGGAUCUCAUGCUGCUCGGAGUAUCAGGAGAUGCAGCCAAUUCUGAGUGCAGGGCAAACACACCAGGGUGUGCAGACAGAUGGUCUUUCAGUCAGUGACCUCAUGAGCUUUUCCUACCAGGUGUCUCAGGGUCUGGACUUCCUGUCCACCAGGAAUUGUAUCCACAGAGAUGUAGCAGCGAGGAAUGUCCUGCUGACUGAUCGUCAUGUUGCAAAGAUCUGCGACUUCGGUUUGGCCCGAGACAUUCGCAAUGAUGACAGUUACAUCGUUCAAGGAAAUGCCCGCCUCCCAGUGAAGUGGAUGGCUCCAGAGAGCAUCUUUCAGUGCGUCUACACGGUGCAGAGCGACGUCUGGUCCUACGGAGUCUUACUCUGGGAGAUCUUCUCUCUGGGAAAGAGCCCAUACCCAAACAUUGCCGUGGACACCAACUUCUACAAGAUGAUCAAAGAUGGCGGCCACAUGGAGCAGCCUGACUUCGCCCCGGCGGAGAUGUAUCAGCUGAUGAAGCUCUGCUGGAGCCUUGAGCCCACCCACAGACCCACCUUCAAAACCAUUGGUCAGCUCAUCAGCAGACUUCUCCCCUCCACCAAUGAUAUGUCAUCACGUUACAGCGACCAGCCGACUUACAGGAACAUCGACGAGUGCAGAGAAGAAGAAGAAGAAACAAUGAAGAGAGAGGAUGAGAAGCCAGGUGAGAGCAGGACGACGACGAGGGGAAGGAAUCAAAGAUGCCGAACAUCUACCAGCUGUCCUGAACCUCUCGUCCAAUCAGAACUGAGAACCCGGUCAUAUCUCCUGGCUGAGGACACUCAUCCUCACUGCUGAAAACUUUAUGGACAAACUGCAGCACCAACCAAACUCUGUGUCACACCAGCGGAUCAAAGCUUUAAACUCGGAUUCUGUUUUUUAAACUUACAUUGAACGUUUCCAGAUGUGGGCGUUUUUUAUCUCUGAUGCUGAGAGUCGAGUCGUGGCGGUGGAUGAUAAUUUUUAUGCAAACCGUCCUGUUUCUGAUUCUUCUGAUGUUUCUGGCUGUAAAAUAUCUAAAAUUAGUUUUGCUUUCAUUUGUUUCCUUUAUCAAAUUAAAUGUUUGGUGUGAAACUCGUCACAGCUGUGUGUAACGUGAGCCACGUGUCUAAGCGUGUUGGGUUGUUUCCGUGCGCAUUCUGAGUGCUCGCUGUGUAUUUGCUCGUAUGAUGUUUGUGUAACAAUAAAGUUUCUGUGAUGAUUUGGUU